AUGGCCACAAAACCAGCGGUAAUGAACCUUGGUGUUCCAAAUCAAACACUAUAUUGUUCGAACCUCCCGGAUAAAUUGAAGAAACCUGACCUGAGGCUCAGCCUUUAUACUCUAUUUUCCACAUAUGGCACAGUUCUGGAUGUCGUUGCUAUGAAAAAUGGAAAGAUGAGAGGUCAAGCUCACGUUGUCUUCAGAGAUCUCCAGGCCAGCACACAAGCAAUGCGAGGCCUACAGGGAUUCGACUUUUUCGGGAAAGAGAUGAAAAUUGUUUAUGCUAAAGGAAGCUCGGAUGUUAUUGCAAAACUUCGUGGCACAUAUGCCCCUUCAACCGCAACCGAAUUACCUGGUAUUUCAACCGAUUUCCAAAGAACUGUAUUCAACGCUCCUCCAUCAACUGCACUAGCGGCUGAACCGCGACGCUCAUCUGUACCGAAUCAGCAGGUGCCGCACGGCGUUAAACGGCUUAGGGAAGAUGAGAGUGAUGGGGAUGCCCUUAUGGAAGAAGAUGAAAGUGAUGUUCCAAUGGAAGCCUCAUCAGAUGAAGACUAG